AUGGCAACAGGCAGUGAAUCUCGUUUAUGUUCUCAAUGCCAUAAACCACCGGCUAAAUAUGUUUGCACUGGAUGUCAAGAAUAUUUUUGUCCGAAGGAUUUUAGAGAACACGAACAACAAUUAAUUGUAAAAUUUGAUAGUGAAAUUGUGAGAUCUCAUGACGAACUUCUUUAUGAAAUUCAAAAAUUGGAAAAAUCAAAUAAUGUAUCAUUGGAUCUUUUCGGCGAAAUUGAACAAUGGAAGAAGACUACAAUCCAAAAAGUCGAACAAGCAGCAGAUAGAGCUCGUCAUGAACUUACUGAACUCAUCGAUAAGCAAAGAACUGAAAUAAAAAAACAAUUUGAAACAAUAACAAAAGAAAUUCAAACUUGUCGAAAUGAAGAAAAUUUUGUUGAAACUGAUAUUGAUCGACUUCAAAUGAAAAUCAAUGAAAUUCGGGAAUCAGUUCAACAACUUCUCGAAACGGAAACAACUAAAAGCAUUAUUGUAGAUCAUGGUCAAAUCGAUUGGAAUCAAAUUCUUUGCGUCAGAGCACCAAGGUUACAGAUUCCAUCUUUGAAUCUGAACACAAAAUGGAGACAAAAUGGUGUUACCGUCGCUGGAGGAAAUGGAAAGGCCAAUGGAAUGAAUCAACUAUACUAUCCAUGGGGUUUAUGUGUUGAUGAUGAUCAAACUAUUUACAUUGCUGACAGCGGAAAUCAUCGUGUUGUUGAAUGGAAAAAUGGUGCUGCAAGUGGUCGAGUUGUAGCCGGUGGGAAUGGAUCAGGAAAUCGUUCUGAUCAAUUAAGCAGUCCAAGAGAUGUAACUAUUGAUAAGAAAACAAAUAGUCUUAUCAUUUCUGAUUAUGACAAUAAAAGAGUAGUUCGAUGGUCGCGUCAAAAUGCUAUCCAUGGAGAAACAAUCAUUUCAAAUAUUGGAUGUUGUGGAUUAACAAUGGACAAUGAUGGAUUACUGUAUGUUGUUGAUUUUGAUAAACACGAAGUUAGACGAUAUCGAAUAGGGGAACAUGAAGGAACUGUCGUUGCAGGUGGAAAUGGAGAAGGAAAUCACUGUGAUCAGUUGAAUAAUCCGACAUACGUAUUUGUCGAUCAAGAUCAUUCUGUUUAUGUGUCCGAUGAAAAUAAUUAUCGUGUGAUGAAGUGGAUGAAAGAUGCAAAACAAGGUAUUGUUGUGGCUGGUGGUAAAAAUAAAGGAAAUGGACCUACACAAUUAUCAAAUCCUUAUGGAAUUUUUGUAGAUCAGUCAGGUAGCGUAUAUGUUGCUGAUUAUGCGAAUGAUCGAAUAACUCGUUGGCGUCAAGGCUCUCUAGUAGGAAGAGUUAUUGUUGGUGAAAAUGGUAAAGGAAAUCAAUCGAAUCAGAUCUAUGCCCCUACGGGUUUAUCAUUUGAUCGAGAUGGCAAUCUUUAUGUGUGUGAAAAUCGAAACCACCGAGUACAAAAGUUCAACAUUAAUCGAAGUUAA